CUCGUCACAGCUGGAGCUCAACGAAGUAGGCUUGACGCAAGCCCAAACCGUGACCGCUGGACGUCCGCAGCGCUCCCGGUAGUCAUUUCUCGGCCCGAGCGUCCGGCGCGCCAACUCGCAUUGCUCGAGGAGCCGUGCCUGUCCGGUUGCACUCAGAGCUCGCCCUAGUUGUAGUGCAGCGCGAGGCGAGUAAAGCACCGCUGUAGCCAUGGCGCGACGACGACGAAUAAUAGCCGCCGCAGCGCUCGUAUGCACUUCCGCGCUCGUGCCGCUGCAGGCGCCGAGGCCGCGACGGACCGUCUCGCGCUACUCCGAGGCCGUCGACGAGGACACGUUGCUCCCGUCCGGCGACGCCGCGGCCGCCGCGGACACCGACCGUCGCCCGCGCAACGGCAACAGACAAAACCAAGGGGGAGGCCGGGGCCGCAUCAUCCAGCUCUCGAACCCGAUGCGACUGGUGAGGAAGCAGAGGCCCGGCGGUGAUCGGCGAGGCCCCCCGGGCGGACAGCGGCGCGGCGGGCCUCCGCAAAGGGUCGGGAGCACGGGCGGACCGGUCGCCGACGUCCCGAACCCGGACAAGACCCCUGGCCGCAGAUUCGCGAACAAGGCCGAUAAACCCGACUAUGAUAAGAGGAAGCCCACGCGGCGGACCUUCGACGCGCCUCAAAGAAGAAGUGGCAACAACCGGCCCGUGCAGUUCCGGGGGGCCCGCGGAUCGCUCAAGAGGAAGCGCAACCGCGACGACCGCGAAGCCAAACAAAAAGAAGCCAUAAAACCCGUCAUUGUGCCAGAUGAACCGAUCUCCGUCGGUGCGUUAGCUGAAUUGCUCGAGAAGAGUGGAGCGGAAGUGGUCAAGCACCUCAUGCUCAAGAUGGGCGUGUUGGCCGCGGUCACGCAGAACGUCGACGGCGCGACGGCUCGGUUGGUGGUGGAGGGCUUUGGAAGGGAGUGGGCCGCGUCCGCCGACGAAAUUGAUGAUGAUGACGAAGAUGAUGAGGACACUAAUGACAGCGGCCCGGCCCUCGCCCUGUCGUCGGGCAUCGCCAUCGACGAGGAUGAUCCUGAUUCAUUACAACCUAGAUCUCCGGUCGUAACAAUUAUGGGGCACGUCGACCACGGCAAGACAAGUCUCUUGGACGCUCUCCGCGAGGCCGACGUGGUGAGUGGAGAGGCGGGCGGCAUCACCCAAGGAAUAGGUGCUUAUGUGGUGCCAGUCAAAGAUAGGGCCGUGACGUUCAUCGACACGCCGGGCCACGCGGCGUUCACGGAGAUGCGCGAGCGGGGUGCGAACGUCACGGACAUCGUCGUGUUAGUGGUGGCGGCGGACGACGGCUGCAAGGAGCAAACUGUCGAUUCGCUCGCUUGUGCUAAGUUGGCGGGCGCCCCAGUUGUUGUAGCCGUCAAUAAAAUGGACGUCGAGGGCGCCGACGCGCAGCGCGUCGAGGGCGAGCUCAUGUCCUACGAUUUAGUACCGGAGAGCGCGGGCGGCGACACGCUCGUCGCGCGCGUCUCUGCCAAGGAGAAGACCGGGCUGGAUGAACUCCUCGAGAAGGUCCUCUUACAAGCGGACCUGUUGGACCUCAAGGCCAAUCCCGACCGGCCGGCGACGGGCACGGUCAUCGAGGCGGGCGUGGAGAAGGGUCCGUAUCUCCGCGUCCCGUGAUUCAGAGGCGGUUUCACUUCACUCAGACGCUUCGUUUCCUGGAAUCAUGGCGGUGGGUGUUUUUUUUAUGCGAUUUCGAGUGAAUUCGGGCCGCGCCGGGGCCGCGUUCCGAGAGGUACUGGUGAAGUUACGAUAACGGCGCCGGAGAGCGGUCCCGACCGGUCGUACGUGGUCGUGGGCCGCCCGUCGACGCCUGCACGCCGUCGCCGCGCUCCGCGACGCCUGGAGCCGCCGCGCGGGCCUCGCGGCGACCGCGGUGGGGCCGGGACGCCGUCGCGGCGUCGUGCGUCGCCCGCCACGCCGGUGUCGUGAUGUCGGCGCGGCGGCGCGGCGGCGCGGGCCUCGCGCCGCUCGAUGCGGUCCGCGGGGCCGCGCCAGCGCCUCGCGCGCGCAGCCGAGCGCGCGUGUCUGCCCCAAGGAGCCUCCACACACACUGCCUCCACACACACGGCUGCUUCGCGAGGCUGGGGCUGCCUCGACGCCAUCGACGCGGCCGCAUGAGAGUCUUCCCAUCUCCGCGAGAGAGAUUCCUGAAUGCGUCCGUGCCGCGCAGGGCUCGGGGUCUGCGCCACGACGCUUGUCGAGAGAGGUACUCUCAAGGUGGGCGACGUCUUCACGGCCGGUGCCGCGUGGGGCAAGUGCCGCGCGCUGCAGGACGAGUUCGGCAACUCUCUGGAAGAGGCGGGCCCGAGCACGCCGGUGCGACUGGUAGGCUGGACCACGGGUGCCGACCGAGCGCCCCGCGCGGGCGACGCCUUGAGCGUGGUGCCGGACGAGCCUACGGCGCGCAAACUCGCGGACGCUAGAAACGAGCUGGCCAAUCAGGCCCGGGAUGCGAAACUGCGCGCCGCGUCGUCCUCAGGCUUUGACAAGUUCAUGGCGAACCUGGGCGGCGAGGGCAUCAAGGAAGAACGCACCUUCCCAAUUGUACUUAAGGCUGACACCGCCGGUUCCGUGGAGGCCAUCACGUCGUCCCUGGAGGGCCUCGACGUUCAAGACGACGUUUCCAGAGUGAAGGCCAAGGUGAUCUACAGCGGUGUCGGGGACCUGACCAAGUCCGACAUCGCCGUCGCGUCGGUACAAGGUGCUUUUGUGGUCGCGUUCAACGUCGGGAGCAACGCUGCGGCCAUGGACGAGGAACGUAGAUUGUCGGGUGCUGUUCGUACCAAUUACUACUCUGUAGUAUAUGAUGUCUUGGAGGAGAUCGAGGGCAAGCUCCAGAAGGUACUUAGUCCGACGCCGGACGGCGAACUCGUCGGCACCGCAGUCGUCAAGCAGUGCUUUGAUAUCGGUAAGCUUGGGAAGGUCGCGGGCUGCGGCGUCGAGACGGGCUGGAUCCGCAAGAGCGCGAACAUCCGCGUCAUGCGCGGCGACGCGAUCAUGUACCAAGGUCGCCUGCGCACGCUGCGCAGCGUCAAGGUCGACGUCGAGCGCAUCGACGCGGGCUCGGACUGCGGCCUGUCGUUCCGCGACUGGGAGGAAGUGGAAGUGGGGGACAUCGUGGAGGCGUAUGAGGAGUAGGUCUUGGCGUAAGAAACUCC